AUGUCUUACAACAAGCCCGAGAAGGACUUCGGUGAGGGUCCCAAGAUCCACAAGAUCCGAAUCACCCUCACCUCUCGCAACGUCAAGUCCCUCGAGAAGGUCUGCCAGGAGCUCAUCGACCGUGCCAAGAACAAGGAGCUCCGCGUCAAGGGUCCCGUCCGUCUGCCCACCAAGCACCUCAAGAUCACCACCCGCAAGACCCCUUGCGGUGAGGGUUCCAAGACCUGGGACACCUACGAGAUGCGCAUCCACAAGCGUCUCAUUGACCUCCACGCCCCCACCGAGGUCGUCAAGCAGAUCAUCAUCAACAUCGAGGCCGGUGUCGAGGUUGAGGUCACCAUCGCUGCUUAA